UGGCUGACUGUAUAGUUUCUCGGGCUGGUGCUCCAACCGACAUCGCUCUCCAACAUUCGGAUUCUAGCGGCCGAACUCUUUCGUACCACGGCCAUUAUUCCGUCGAUGGCUAAAAGUAAUUUCUCUCUAUGCGACCUGCUCCUGCGCGCUUGACACGCUCCUUUUGAACCUGACCUUCAGUCGUUCCUUCAAUACCUCACUCGGCACUGGGGCUGUCCAAUGGAGUCAUGUCGAACACAGCCUCCCCGAUCGAGAAGCGCAAUGUCGAAGCGCAGCCGAAGUCAAAACCGGUUGUGGUGCACUAUCCGUUCUGGUUCGGUGGCAGCGCAGCCUCAAUGGCAGCGGUAGUAACGCACCCUCUCGACCUGAUCAAAGUGCGCCUACAGACUCGGUUGCCCGACGCCCCAAAGUCCACGUUGGGGACCGCAGCAUAUGUCUUCCGAAAUCAAGGCAUACUGGGCCUCUACGCAGGCCUUUCCGCUGCGCUCCUGCGGCAGAUGACUUACUCGACUGUUCGCUUCGGUGUCUACGAAGACCUCAAGGAGCGAUACGCGCCGCCGCCUACGCCCGACAACCCCAAACCCAAACACUCUCUACUAAACCUGGUGCUCAUGUCCAGCGCGGCCGGUUUUCUGGGUGGCAUAGCAGGAAACCCGGGCGACGUGCUGAACGUGCGCAUGCAGUCGGACGCAUCGAAACCACCCGAGGCAAGGCGGAACUACAAGCACGCGUUGGACGGGCUGGUGCGCAUGAUUCGUGAGGAAGGAUUCGCCAGCAUAUUUCGCGGUGUUGAGGCCAACUCGACACGAGCGCUGCUCAUGACGGCGUCGCAGCUGGCCAGUUAUGAUGUAUUCAAGCAGGUCUGCGUCCGCGACCUGGGUAUGGGAGACAACUUCGGGACGCAUUUCACGAGCUCGCUGGCUGCUGGAUUUGUCGCAACGACCCUCUGUUCGCCCGUCGAUGUCAUCAAGACGCGCGUGAUGAGCGCCGGUGGGAAGAGCUCCAUAUUACAUCUCCUGUCCGAAGCCAGUCGGAAAGAAGGCCCCCUUUGGAUAUUCCGAGGCUGGGUGCCCAGUUUCAUUCGACUGGGUCCUCAGACCAUUUUCACAAUGGUGUUCUUCGAACAGCACAAAAAACUGUAUAGAAGUUGGAAAGGCAUCGAAGACCAACCUUUGACAUAAGAUGUUUUCUUUUGGACGUUAUACGCUCACCGUUAAGGCAUUGUUACGGCGUUCGGGUGUCACGAGCAUCACAUAGAUUUGGACACAGAAGACAACAACGGCUUCUGCUUGGUUACAACCUUGGUUGACCGCGGAU